GUUCUGAGUGUGACUCUUUCAAUAAACGCUGUGAAGAUGGUUCGUGCAUACCAAUAUAUGACACAUGUGCUCAUCACCUAUCAUGCUCUUACGAUGAGUUUAAGUGUCCACUAAAGUGUAUACCUGACUACUUCAAGUGUAAUGGAUACGAUGACUGCUCGGAUGGAUCUGAUGAGGAAAACUGUUAUAAUGAAGAUACUGAGUAUAAUUACUCAGUUAGUCGAGGAAUUGAUAUGUGGAAAGUUGCCAUCAUCAUCAUAAUUGUGAUUGCGGUCUUCGUAAUCGUCUUCUGUCGCAUAAUUAGAAGGAACCGUGGACGAGACGAAGCCUUGACCAAUGUGACUGUGCCACCAGCACAUCGUAAUUCGAGCUCCAGCAACAUGCCUAAUUUGACACCGUCGCCACAGCCGACCUCGUUUCAGCAGACUUCUUGGACUGCACAUCAGUUCUACGUAGAUCAUACACCUAAUACAGGAGAACCUGCGCGUACGAAUCGUGAUGUCCCGCCAAGCUACAACGAUUGUCAUAACACUGAUACUCAGCCACCUCUCAACCCCUACCAGCAGCAUGCAGCAGACCGAAAUUCACUACUAAAUCCAUCGCCCGCCAGGCAACCUUCUUAUGAGGCAGCACCCUCAGCGCCACCUAUCCAGGAUGACAAUGAGCCAGAGCUACCACCUCCUUCCUACGAUGAUGUAGUGUCGGGGAGACUAGACCAUUAGUUAUCUGCCCUCCUCUCUCAUACCUUGAGAAGACGAGAUACGUCAACGUGCAAUAUAAGUUUUAUUCUCACACAGAUUUGUAAUUCCGUGGCAUUGUUAUUUAUUAGUUUUCCAGUAUUAUUCUGUUUUGAAAUGCCACAACUGGUGGUGGCAAAUAUUGGCUCCUAAAUAGUUGCACCAAAUAGCCUCGUUAGACCACAGUGGGUGAAAAAAAACUUUGUGUUGUAAGUGUAUAAUACUACAAUCACAUUUGCUAACUGGAACAACUUGAAACAUUUCAAUAUUAUCACACCGUCCUAGAGUCACUAAUCUAAAUAGGUGGUAAUAGAAGACUUUGCAAACUGCUGAAGCAAAGACAAUAGAUAUUUUUUUAUUUCUUACAUCUUGGUACUAGAUGAAUGAGACAGUGGUUGGACUAGAUGUGCGAAAAUAUGUGGCAAACCUAUUCACAUAUUUGCAUUUGAUCAGCAUGCUUAAUAUUUUGAAAGACUAUUUUUUUUGCAAAAUUGCAUUGCAGAUAGUUCACAAUUGACUUGUUGCAGUUAUUCCAGGAUGGUGACAUCUUGUGAAAUGUGGAGAAUUUUAUGGUAACCCUAGUCACGGGUAAAUAACAUAAUGGAUUUCGUACCCCAUACAGACUGCAAAAUUUGAUACCAGAUCAAACUAUUGCGGGCCAGGUGCACGCCAAAUUUUUGCAGUGUGUAUACGCUAUCCCGUGCUAAAUACGUGGGGGUCCAGACUCCAGACUAAUCUGGCCCAACAAAUGGAGGAGGGCCAGGCCCACUUAGCUGUCUGCUGAGUGUCGUAAAAAGCUAAACUGAGCGUCAACCCGUGUCAACUUCGCACGCUUCAGAAUUUUGUGUCUGUACGCUGCGAUUUAACGCCCGCCUGGUCUUGGCCUGGCCCAGACUAGUUUGAUGUGGGAUCAAAUUUUGCAGUCUGUACGGGAUAUCAAAGUCUGUAUCACUAUUAACUGUACAAUGACGUGAUAAAUGUCGUAACAGAGAGAUUAAGGUUAGGUCUGUAAAUUAGAUUUAGCAAGUUGCAACUUGCACUAUGGGCUUUGGAUUUUGUAUAUAAUAGACCAGAAUCCUAAAAAGUACA